AUGUCGAAUGAAAGCAUAGAGAAUGACGAUAUUUCAAUUGAGUCGGGCGAAGUUCCUCGCUUGAUUCACGGCGAUGAUUCAACUAAGCACGGCGAUAUGGUUAUGACGAAUGACAAGCCGAUUGAAAAUAAUGGUACGAUAUCGAGAAAUGAAGCCCCAUACACACUGCUGAGUUACGGCCAAAAAUGGGGUAUGGUUGCUCUGCUAACGAUGUGCACAUUUUGGUCAUCGUUAGGCUCUCCAAUUUACUAUCCCGCUCUAAGGCAACUGGAAAAAGAAUUCAACAUCGAUGAGGAUAAGGUCAACGUCACAGUGGUCGUUUACUUACUAUUUCAAGGUAUAGCACCUACAUUUAGUGGUGGGUUGGCAGAUAUCUACGGACGGAGACCCGUUAUUGUCAUCGGUAUGAUUAUCUAUGUGGCUGUUUCUGUCGGAUUGGCAUGUUCCAAUUCAUAUGGUGUCCUUGUGUUCUUGAGAAUUCUUCAAAGUGCUUGCAUUUCGCCCACCAUCGCCAUUAGUUCUGGUUUCGUUGGUGAUUUCACCUUAAAAUUUGAAAGAGGAACAUUUGUUGGUGCCACAUCUGGUUUUGCCCUGCUGGGACAAGCUUUUGGAUCAUUGAUUGGAGCAGCUCUAGCGGCAGCCUGGGAUUGGAGAGCCAUCUUUUGGUUUUUGGUGAUUGGUUGUGGUGUGUGUAUGUUGAUCAUCUUCACACUCUUACCGGAGACUAAGAGAACACUAGUGGGUAACUUAUCAGUUAAACCAAAAAAUAUCUUGAAUAGAGCACCCAUUUUCUUAUUGAAACCUGUUCAGAAAAGGUUCAAAUAUGACAACCCUGAUUAUGACACCUUGGAUCCAAAUGUCCCCAAGUUAGACCUUACAUCUGCUCUGAAGAUCACUGCUCAACCAGAAAUCAUCUUAUCGUUGUUCCCAGCCGGUUUGCAAUUUGCCAUGUGGACAUUAAUGCUGUCCGCCAUUUCUUCAGAAUUGAGUGCUAACCCAUACAACUACAAGCUAACCAUCAUUGGUGUGUGUUAUUUACCUGCAGGUAUCGGUGGUCUUGUUGGGUCGUUUAUCACUGGUAGAAUCAUUGAUAUCUUUUACCGUAAACUGACCAAGAAGUUUGAACAAGACAAGGAGAACGGCACAAUACCCCAGGAGACAGAGUUCAAUGUGAUCAGAGCACGUUUACUUGCUGGGGUACCACAAAAUUUCAUCGCGGUGGUCUCAUUCUUGUUAUUUGGUUGGAGUGUCGAUAAAGGUUGGAGGAUCCCAGCUGUGCUAAUAACUUCGUGUGUCAGUUCCUUCUGCGCCAUGAGUACUCUAUCGACAUCCUCCACCUUAUUAGUGGAUUUGUACCCUGGUAAAUCCUCUACCGCUACGAGUUGUUUCAACUUCAUCAGAUGUACACUAAGUGCAAUCUUUAUGGGUUGUUUCGCGAAGAUGAAAACAUCGAUGACCGUUGGUGGUACGUUUACAUUCAUGUGUGGAUUAGUGUUUAUCGGCAAUUUCCUACUGCUAAUACCUAUGAGAUACGGUAUGAAAUGGAGAAACGAGAGAGCAUUGAAAGCUGAAUUAAAAAGCAGCAUGUAA